CUCACUCACGUCCAGCCUUUCAAAGAUCCGAGACGCAGCAAUCACCCGCGCGCGCUGACUGACUGUGACUUUUUCGGGGUGAACUUUCUUGAGAACACACGAAGGAGUGGCAUCGGCAGCAGCGGUACAAGGGAGCAGCAGCGGAGGUGACAGCGUACGCCAAAUGUGCAGCCUUAGUCUUUUUUUUUGCGUCGAAUUUGUGUGGCUCUGAAAUCGCCAGCGAGGGAGACGCGGGGAGAGGAAGGGGAGAGAGCGAGCGAGAGGAAGGGAGGGAGAGAGGCAUUUGCUGCGGCUCGUGGUGCAGAUGGCAUUUUUCUAAAUGUUUAUGUAAAAAAAAACGUUGCACGUUGCAAGCGGGUACAGUACGGUCUUCAAGUACGAAUUAAAGCAAUACUUUUCUCCAGAAUCGCAAAGUGAUAUUUGUUAAUGAUAAUAAUGAUCAGCACGUUAAGAAUAGUUUUUAUACAAAAUUUGUAUUGUAAUUUUAUUCAGUGAUUGCUUAUCUUUUUUCUUUAACAAUAACAAGUGUUAACAAUACUUUUAUUUCCUUUGAAUAUAUGUUAAACGAGUAAUACAUAUAUGUAAAAAUAUUCCACAUUUAAAUUCAAUGAGGAGAAUACAUUCAUGAUUUGGGAAUAUAUUUCCAUUUGUGCAAAAUAUUUAAAGCAAUAGAUUAAAUAAAUUCUGCAGAAAUUUCCGUGACAUUUUAUUGCACAGCCCAGUACAAAUACGCUUUCAGCGAACAUAAAACAGAGGCGAAAAAUAUCUAACCAAUGCCAAACAAAAGUCGAAUAAAUAAAUAUUAAUUACAUAACAGUACUAUAAACUGCACAUUGUUCAUCAAUUGAGCUGAACUCCGAAUAUAAACCACGUAAAAAACGGUUAAUAAACGAAGAAUUGAUUUGAAAGGAGUGUCGGCUUUGUAAAGAAAUCCACGCUUGCCCAGCCAUAGCUCUUUGGAUAAAAUCGUCUUGGCAGCACAUCUCUCCACAGCUGAGCCGGCCAGCCAGCAAGCCUCUUAGUUGACCAGCCAGCCACACAGCCAGCCAAUCAGGCAGUUACUUAAACAGUCAGCCACAGCCAUUACAAUUAAUCACUCAGCCAGGCGGGCAGUUAGCCCAGCAUACAUCCAGCCAUCCAGCUUAUUAUCCAGCUAUUCGGCCAGACAGCGAAUUAUACAGCUAACCAGCCAAAUCUGACCAGCCAAACAGCCCACCUGCAUUCCAGCCAGCGUAGCCAGCUAACCAAACGGGUGACCAGCCAUCUGGUCAGCUAACCAAGCAGCAGCACACUGUUACCCUCAGUCAGUCGACUCCUCUGGGCGCCACCUCUCCGAUUGGCGGUGCCAGUCAGCGUGGACGUGGUAUUCUGUGCCUCGGUCGCCCAUCCAUCUGCAAACGUGUGCCCCAAACGCCUCCUGCGGGCCAUUUGGGCCAGCAUGCGUCUCAAGCGCAAUGGAUCGUACACGCUACACAGGAAAAGCAAGAAGGAAAAGGAAAAAUCUUCGGAGACAAAGAAGCUCUACCUGGAGCUCGAGUACGCGCGCGCGCACGUCACCGACUGCGACUUCCGCUCGCUCGUGCGGCUCCCUCCGGCCAUCGACCGCAACGAGUGGCUCGCCACCUACACAACGACGUUCUUCAACCACGUCAACCUGCAGUACAGCACCGUGUCGGAGUUCUGCACCAGCACCUCCUGCCCAUGCAUGACCAUCCCUGGCAUGCAGCUGUACUGGCAGGAGGGCGAGCGUGGCAAGAAGCUCAAGUGCACGGGGCCGCAGUACGUGGACUACGUCAUGUGCUAUGUGCAGCGCCUCGUCACCGACGAAAAGAUCUUCCCGACCAAAUACGGCCGCGACUUCCCCAACUUCUUCAACUCGUACGUGCAGAAGAUCUUCCGCUACCUGUUCCACGUGCUCGCCCACGUGUACUGGGCGCACUUCCGCGAGACGGUGGCGCUGGACGUGCACUCGCACCUCAACAGCCUCUACGCGCACCUCCUCACCUUCUGCGUGGAGUUCUCGCUGCUGCCGCCCGAGGAGCUGGCGCUCAUGGCCGAGCUGAACGAUGCGCUGCUGCCGGGGCCGCGUGCCCAGAUCUCGCGCCGACGCUGACGCCGAUAGCGACCGUGCGUGCGCGCGCGCGUGCGCGUCUGUCCGUUCGUGUUACGUUUUUUUCCCCGGCAGGGGAAUCCAAACGGGACUGAAAUCGUCUUGGCGAUGGAAUUGCGCGAUGAGGAAGCUGACGUAAGUGAAGACGCAAGACGUAGGGAAUAAAGAUGGCCCCGUGUUUUUUUUUUGGAAGAUGAUGUUGUUGGUGGUGGAUGGCGCCUGCUACUGCUGCUGCUGCACUAUUGUCGAUUGAGGAAGUUUCAUGGGAUUUUAGCAGAAUUCAGACGCACCGGUUCAUCACAGUCAUCGUCGCCGUCGUCAUUAUCGGCGUUAACGCAAAAGCCGUCUCGGGGAUGUUACGGUGACUCGAAACGGACUUCUUCUCGUCUUGCUGUUUUGGGCACGUGCUGCCUUUUUAUCUUUUUUUUUACUCUACAAGACAAAAAACAUCAGUACAAUUACUCGCUUUUCAGUGUAUGGAACACGGGAGACGACUCCGAAAAGAAAUCUGCUCCAGAUUUUUUCUGUCAUUGCAAAAUAUGCAGCACAAUUAAGGCUGGGGUGUUUUUUUAUAUAUUAUCAUAAUAAAAAUGCUUUUUUUUUUCAACCUUGCAAAAAAAAUCGUAACAUGAGCAAAAUCUUGGUCUCCCGAGAUGACCUGUUAUGCUUACUGUCUAUUUUACCUCCUCAACGAAAAGGUCAAUUGAUAGUUGCGUACGCGUGUGUGUAUGCGCGUGUGCGUGUGUGUAUGCGUGUGUGUGUGUGUGUUUAUAUGCGGUAUACGUGUUCGUUCAUUACUUCUUGGGGACCGGUGCUGCUCUCCCACUGUGGCCUUUGCUUGUUGCGCGACCUUGAAGCGGUCCAGUUCCGUGGGUAGUAUAUUGAGGAAAGUGACGAGCAUGCUGUGUGCGAGUCGAUUGGUGGUGUAUUCGUGAGCGUUUAAACCUCUGCUGGUGGAACUAAUUUAAACAUUAAGGCACCUUUUAAAAAAAAGAAGAGCAAAAUAUCUCCUGCAAAUUCUUUUUUGUGAAGCUGCUGCAAGGGUUAGCCAUUCGAAAUGGAAAUAAAGUAAUGUUGAUAUGCAAUAGCUUUUUUUAUUAAUGUCAGUGGAUUUCGUUGCGAGUAAAUAUUUACUUGAGAGGUAUAGCCCGUAUGUAAUGUACAUUUCUGUGGUGGUGGUGGUGGUGUUUGCAUACAAGUGGGCUGUCUUUAAAUGUGUACAACAUUCAUUUAACAACAGCACCAAUGUUUUUGUUUUACUUCAGCUCAUUAUGUUAAUCAUGUAUAUUCAAAUGUCAACGAUGUUGUUAAACAUUCUAAAGUAGUUAUCCACGAACGAGGCACCAUGUUACUUAGGUUUAAUUUGGUUUGAUAGUCUUCAGCAUUCGCAAACUUUCUUAAUUGUCUCUAAAGCAAGCAUACUGUAUUAUCGUGCAGGAGUUACAAUGUGUCGGGUUUUUCUGCGCCUUGUGCAGAUGUCACCUAUAUUUAAAACGGUGUUCAGAGCCCCAUUGAGAACACGAGGAGACGUCGGUGAAAUGGAUUUGUUUCAAGAAGACCCUUUUUUGUAAUUUAAUUGGGGAUUAUGGAAGUGCCUUUUGCAUCUUGAGUGUCGCAUCUACUAUGCAAUUUUAAAUGUUAUUUAAGUAAAGUUCCCUGCUCAGUCAAGCAUUGGGGGGUUUGCAUUCAACACUCAUCUCCAUUGGUGGCCCGGAGCCAUCGCUGGAAAUUCCACAUUAUUCCCAUUAGGGGGGGGGGGCAAUUUGCAAUGGAUUUGAAUGUCCUUUUGCAAAAUGUUAACGUUGGAUACCCUUUAAAAACAGAUGGUGUCAUCGAGCUCAGUAGAUGCAUUUCACUUAUACUACCCAUAGGUUGGAAAAUGUUUAAAUAGCUCGGAUUAAAGGUUGGCACAUUAAUCAUUUUAAAUAUCCAUCCACAAAACUCAUGUUCCGAAUUUGGUCCUCGUUGUGAUAUUUGGCCAUUGCCUAUUUUAAUAUUUUAAAAUUUAGAUUGUGAGAGGAGACUGGGUCCCCGGAGAAAGCCCACAAUUCCAAGAGGUGACUACUCCAACUCUGCAACGACCUACUUGCCGUACUUCCUCAUACAUGUCCCUUCGGAAGUGGAUGCCCCAUGAAUAUCACCGGUGGCGCUCAGCGCUCCAGAGUGAUCCACCUGCCCCACCACUCCCAAGCUGCUUGGCCAGGCAGCUCUAUCAUUGGCACCACACUAUCAGUGGAGUGCAUUAAACACAUUUUAUUUGAAUGUUGUAAAAUCCUGCAGGAUCGUACGGGAUGUUGUGAAGUCCAUUACCGUAUUCUCCGGAGUAUAAGACACUCUGGAAUAAAGUAAUCUCAAUCUGGUUAGCUACGUAUGGCGGGAAGUGCUUCUUAUAGUCCACAGAAUACGCUAAUAUAUUAUGUAAGGUGGGUAGCCCAUGCUUUGACAUUGCCAAUCAGGGUUGAGUCGCUUUGUCCCGUGUACGACGGUGCUUCGGUCGCGCCGCAUGUUUUCGUGGAAAAAUAGAACAGCAGCAGUGCUGCUUGCAGUUGUCGUUGAUAAUCGCCGUGCCGUCACUUGUUGCAAUGUGUGCACGGUCAUUUGCUGAGCGGGCGUUACGAGCCUCAUUCGCGUGCGAAGUCAUCACGGAUAUUCAACCCCACCUCCGACCCCCACGGUGUUGUAUGCAGUAACUUAUGUGUGUGUGUGUGACUUAACGUUCCGCUUCUUCGACGGAUUGUCUCACCUUCGGGGGUGGGGGUCACGGUUCGAAUCAAGGUUAGACUGCUUUCUUUUCUUGUUCGUGACGGUCACAUUUCCAUAGAAUCGACGCAGGAAAAUAACAUCGGAUCCUGAAGGUGCAUGGUUCGUGCACGUACGUGCGUGUUUGUCGUCGGUGUAAGAUUCGGGUUUGAAUCGAUGGUGAAUUGGUGCAUACCGAGUAACUCUAAAACAGAGAACCCCCCUCUCUGAUUCUGCAUUCAAUUCCUGCUGGACGUUGUAUGCCGUUUUUACGAAAGCCUUGCAUUAACAAUAAUAAUAAUAUAUAAUGUGACAGGUAUUUUUUUUAUGUUUUGCCAAAGGAGAAUAUGGGAUCAUUUUAUACAUUGUCAAUAGUCGGUCUUAUUUUUAAUGGGUGGUUGUUGGUUAUAUUUUUUAUGUUGUUUUGGGUGGGAAAAAAAAUCAAAAAUGUAUGACUUAAGAAAGCAUAAUUGUUUAAACCGCUACGCAAGUGCAGAUGCAAAUGCUGAAUGCGGUCGCGCGGCAUUCGGUUCGUGUGAACCCAGUUCCCAGGAUCUGCGUUCGUCAGGGGCAGUAUAUUUUAAGCGAACAUUUGUACACCCAGACCAACGGUUUGCCUUGCAACUUGAAAAAAGAGUAGUGCCUCAUUUUGUCACAAGACUCGUCCGAUACAAUCUGCAACAGUUCUUGGCAUUAAAAAAAAUGAAUUGCCUUUCCCGGUUAAUAACAAAGUGGGCCCUUUUUCUAUAUAUUGCUGCAAGUUUUAGCAUGUGCACAAACAUUUAAAGUGUCAUUUUUAGAAACGUAUUUAUCCACGUAAGGAAUAUUCUUUUAGUCGCUAAUGUAAGCAAACGCUAUGUAAUCGUAUGUCUGGUAGAUUUUUUUUAUUUAUGUGCAUCAAUCCAUAGCCGCAUUUGAAAAUGUCAGGUUUAUAAACAAAAACAGGAGGACAAUAUAAUUGUAUACAAAUGAGCAGGACAGCGGUAAGGAGUAGUAAAAUGUCAACGGUGCAUUUCAAAGGCUACGUCUUUUUCACACAGUGACCUGGCGUCUACUUGAGCUGGGCUUUAUGAUGAUUGACGUGAUCGAUUGAUCUAUCGGUUCGUUUUCUCGACUAAUUGGGAAAACACGAAAAUAGUUGGUAGCAUCGAAGUUUUCCCCCCGCCUGUUCCCCACCGGACAGCAGCUGAUGGGCGAGGCUUGGUGACGUCAUUGCCAGUGGUGUGAGGUCACCAAGUGCCCUGUGGUGGUAGGGGGGGGUUUCCCACCUUCGACGGAGGGGGUGGGAAGCCGAAUGGGUGGGGUGGGGGCAACCACCAAAGAGUGGUCGAUUUGCGAUCCCCAGACCUCAUCGCUUCAUUGGCCCAGUUCUUGGCUUGCGUCGCUGACAUUAGCUCCCAAAAUCACAGGUCAAAGGGCACGCCGUGGUCGCGUCACUUAGAAUGGGCUCCCGAUGGCUCAAGGGUUCCCCGUGCGUCGUGGUGAUGCCGCUCGUCGUCGUUAUUCAUUCUGCACGUGCUCGGCGUUUCGAGUAAUUCUGUCCGUCGUUUUUAUCUAUUUUCGAUUUUUUUUUGUUUGUUUUUAUCUCUUUUAAAAUGUUUUUGUUUGUUUUGCGCUCUGAGGUGUGUGUGUGCAUGGCAGCUAGCUGUGUCAUGCGUGGAAACGGAUCAAUAAAAAUUCAAUGCGCUCAC